UCUAUAUAUAAUCAUCAAUAGCAAGAGCAAAGAAGAACUAUAUUUGCCUCAUAUGCUACAUUACCCAAGGCAACAUAAACAUCUACAGAUAGAGCCAGAUGACACAAGCCAUGAUGAGUCGGUUCCACAAUCCCGUUCUCUCACCGAACCAGUGUGGUUCAAGCCUAGUCCAAACCAUAGACGCACCUCUCCCACUAGUUUGGUCCAUAGUCCGCCGCUUCGACAACCCCGAAGCAUACAAGCAAUUCGUUAAGAGUAGCACCAUGCGCGCUGGCAACGGCGGCAUCGGAAGCAUACGUGAUGUUAUGGUCAUCUCCGGCUUACCGGCCGAAACUAGCACCGAGAGGCUUGACAAGCUCGACGACGACAUGCACGUCAUGGUCUUCAGCAUCAUUGGCGGCAAUCACCGCCUCGUGAAUUACCGUUCCACCACAACCUUGCAUGAGGAGGUGGAGGAAAAGGGUGUGAAGACGGUGGUGAUCGAGUCGUACGUUGUCGAUGUUCCGGCCGAGAAUAGUAAGGAGGACACGUGCACUUUUGCGGAUACCAUAGUUCGAUGCAACCUUAGAUCUUUGGCUAGGAUGACAGAAAAUAUGGCUUGCAUAACUAAGAAUUAUUAAUUCCCUCUUCCUUUUUUUUUUUUUUUUUUUGAGAUGAUCAUGACGAGAUGUUGAUUAUCGUGCAUGCCUUUUCUGCAGAUUUAAAUAUUAUAUGUGAUUAUUGUUGGUUUA